AUGGUGAUCCAUGCUUGCAAUGAGGUAUGCGGCCGUAUGCUGUCUUGUGGGAAGCACACCUGUGAAGACGUGUGUCACUGUGGUCCCUGUGGCACUUGUUGGCGCGGAGUCAUCUACGAGGAGCUCUACUGUUACUGCGGCGCCACCUGCCUGCCCCCACCACAACCCUGCGGCUCCCUGCCCCCCGAGUGUCCAGAACCGUGCUCUCGAGAGCACCCAUGUGACCAUCCUGUGCAGCACACGUGUCACUCCGAGCUUGAGUGUCCCAAAUGCACAGUAUUAAUGACCAAACGGUGUCUCGGCGAUCACACUUGGAUGUUCAACGUGCCCUGUUUCCAGACUGUGGUCACUUGUGGACGGCCGUGUGACAAGCCGCUGCCCCGCUGCUCGCAUCGUUGCAAACGACAAUGUCACGCCGGACCCUGUCUGGCAGACGCUUCAAGCGAAGCCAGUGGCUGCACGCCCCUUGAAUCUGCGUGCACCCAACCCUGCACGGCCCCGCGCUCUGGUUGCGGCCACCCCUGCGGCCAACCCUGUCACGAGGCCUCGGGAAUCACCUGCAGUCAAGCUCUGGGCAAACUUAAGUGCCAAUUUAUGAUCCCUCUUGUUUGUGCUUGUGGACACCGACAGGAGGAACAGCCUUGCUAUCAGGUGAGUAUUCUGGUCGCUGCUCUAAAGAAGAAGGACCCCAAUUUCUUCCUGCGAUCACAGAAUUCGCAAAGUAGCAAACUGCCCUUCGGUCUUCCCUCCAACGACGUGUUGCCCUGUGACAGCUCGUGCACUCGCGCUAACCAAGAGGCCGAGGCAAAAGCCACAGCCCCAACCAUGUGGGUCAGGGGGGGCGCCCAUGUGGUGGACGACUCUCUCCCCGCUCCCUUCCCUCCGCCUGAGUAUUCUGAUUGGCUGAAACAAUUUGCCUUGGAUAACCUCAGUUUUGCUGCGGACGUGGAGAAGACGUUAUAUGAGCUAGUUGAAAAGGCAUUCGAAAUCACAAAAGCAGGGAACAAGGCUGAUUUUAACAAGUGCAUUAGCCAUCGGUUUGUCCCAAUGAAUCGACAUAAACGCCGUUUCAUAAUUGAACUUGCCGAGUUCUAUGGGAUUGAGUGUGUGGAAUUGGAUCCCGGGCCCCAUCGACAUGUCCAGGCCCUGACCACCGCCGCGAAGGCGCGUUUUCCCGGUGGCGGGUCAAAGCAGCACUUCGUCAGUCUGGUGGGGAAGAUGCAGAGCAAUUUCGUGGGGUCCGUAAAAUUCCCCGAGCCGGCACAGUCACAAAUCAUGAAACCAGCCUUCCUGCGAAGUGUUCAGGAUGACUCCUCGAAAAAUGUGUCGUUUUCUUCAGUUGUUGGAAACAAAGGCUUGACAGACAAGUCCACUUGGGAUGACUAG